AUGUCUUCGAAAAAGAAAACGCCUCGUACAUUGGGGAAGAUUAAGGGAAAAGGAAAGAUACUCGUGCCGAAAUGGAAGCUGUUUCGUGCCAAGGAACCUUUGUUGUCAGUUUUCAUGUGGGGAGUGAACCAUUCCUUAGGCCAGUUGGAACAUGUUCCACCUCCUGGCCUUCUUAUGCCAGACGAUUUCAAGGCUUACACUAAAGUAAAGAUUGACAACCAUUACUUCAACAAGGAUAUUAUGCCGAGUCAUUACAAAGUGAAGGAAUAUUGUCCGAAUGUAUUCCGCAAUCUUCGCGAACAGUUCUGUGUUGACUCAACAGAGUAUCUUCGAUCACUAACCGCGUAUGAGCCAGAGCCUGAUCAGUUAGACGGCUCAAAAACAGGGGCUCCGCCAAGACUAUUUGUUUCUUAUGAUAAGAAAUUUGUGAUCAAGUCUAUGGAUUCUGAAGCUGUGGCUGAGUUGCAUUCAGUUUUGCGAGAUUAUCAUGAAUAUGUUGUAGAAAAGCAAGGAAAAACGCUAUUACCGCAGUACCUCGGCCUCUACAGGCUCACAAUUGAAGGCACUGAGACGUAUCUGAUAGUGAUGAGAAACGUAUUCGGGCGGAAAUACAACGUGCACACGAAGUUUGAUCUGAAAGGUUCCACAGUCGCUCGUGUAGCGUCUGAGAAGGAAAAGAACAAGGAAGUCCCGACUCUCAAGGACAAUGACUUCCUCGAGAUGAAUGAGAAGUUAAGCCUUCCUGAUGAAACUCGUCACCAAUUGCUUGAGAUGUUGGCUGCCGACACCGCGUGGCUUUCAAAAAUGCAUCUUAUGGACUAUUCAUUACUGCUGGGCGUUCAUGAUUGCGAGCGUGCUGCAGAAGAAGCUGCUAAGAGGCCUGUCGAACAUGUCAGCGAGGAAUCCGCUGACGAAUUAUGUCCUACACCGCCCGACUCACCACUUCCAUCAACUGGAGCUUUUCCUCCUCUAUCUGGUGGUCCAGAUUUGGAUGAUGAAUACUACGCUAUUGCCAGCCAUCCAGACGCGCCUAAGAAGCUCAUUUACUUUAUCGGACUGGUUGACAUCCUCACCUACUAUGGAGUCAAGAAGCGCACUGCUACUGCGGCCAAGACAGUCAAGUAUGGGUCAGAUGCAGAGAAUAUCAGUACAGUGAAACCAGAUCAGUAUGCCCGACGACUUGUGGACUUCGUUACAAAAGCCGUGACACCUGGUGCAUGA